GAUUCGACGCGCCGCCUGGUUCAUAGAAUUUACAGAGGCAAAAAACAAAAGGAGCGCUUGCAAGGCGGUGGUGCACUCAUCCCUCUCUCUCUCUCUCUCUCUCGACCUCGACCUCAUGGCCGUCGGCGUCCUCGCUCUUCAAGGUUCUUUCAACGAACACAUGGCAGCUCUGAGAAGGCUGGGUGUGACAGGAGUCGAGGUGAGGAAGCCUUCGCAGCUGGAGGCCAUUGAAGCCCUCAUCAUUCCUGGAGGAGAAAGCACCACCAUGGCUAAGCUCGCCCACUACCAUAAUCUCUUCCCAGCUUUGAGAGACUUUGUUAGUUUAGGAAAACCAGUUUGGGGAACCUUGUGCCUGCUAAUUUUCCUUGCAAAUAAGCUACUGGCUCAAAAGUUGGGUGUCAAGAAGACUUAUUGGGGGGCUCUGGAUUGCACUGUUUCACCGAAUACUUUUUUUGGUAGUCAGAUUCAGAGUUUGAGACUUAGAAAAAGCUUUGCUAUUGCAGAUUCUCAGGGGAAAGUGAUAGUUGCCGUAAGGCAAGGGAACAUACUUGGAACCGCUUUUCAUCCCGAGCUGACUUCUGAUAUCCGAUGGCAUAGUUAUUUUUUGAAGAUGAGGAAGGCGAGUGAUGAAACUAGCUUAGAGUGCUUGGACUUGUCAAAUCAGAACUCAUAUUAUCAUCUUGGCAGAAGAACUUUUGACUUACCAAUUUUUGAAUAGCAGUGUAUUACAUCAAUAUUUAUCCAGUUUCAUAUGUUUAAAGUCUCAUUUCAGAUUAAUGACUUACUGUAAUACUUUGUUUUAAAGGUUUCCAUUUGAUUAUGUAUUCUGUUCAUCAAAUAUCCAUUCUUGUCACCUUCAGCUUUCCGUUACUGUCAGUCACAUUAAUUUGGUAUUUUGAUAUAUAAGAUUUUGUUUGUGAUA